GAGGCCGCAGCAUGGGCAGGGGCGGGAACCAGGGCGAGGGCGCCGCCGAGCGCGAGGCGCCGGUGCCCACCUUCCGCUGGGAGGAGAUCCAGAAGCACAACCUGCGCACCGACAAGUGGCUCGUCGUGGACCGCAAGGUCUACAACAUCACGCAGUGGGCCAGCCGGCACCCCGGGGGCCACCGCGUCAUCGGGCACUACGCGGGGGAGGACGCCACGGACGCCUUCCAAGCUUUCCACCGUGACCUUGACUUCGUGCGCAAGUUCAUGAAGCCCCUGCUGAUUGGAGAGCUGGCCCCCGAGGAGCCCAGCCAGGACCGCGGCAAGAACUCGCAGAUCACCGAAGACUUCCGGGCCCUGAGGAAGACGGCUGAGGACAUGAACCUGUUCAAGACCAACCACCUGUUCUUCCUGCUCCACCUGGCCCACAUCAUCGUCAUGGAGAGCCUCGCCUGGUUCAUCGUCUCUUACUUUGGCAAUGGCUGGAUCCCAACCCUCAUCACGGGAUUUGUCCUCGCUACCUCUCAGGCCCAAGCCGGCUGGCUGCAGCACGAUUACGGCCACCUCUCUGUCUAUGAGAAGUCUACGUGGAACCACAUCGUCCACAAGUUCAUCAUCGGCCAUUUGAAGGGCGCCUCCGCCAACUGGUGGAACCACCGCCACUUCCAGCAUCACGCCAAGCCCAACAUCUUCCAGAAGGAUCCAGAUGUGAACAUGCUGCAUGUGUUUGUCCUGGGCGAGUGGCAGCCCAUUGAGUACGGCAAGAAGAAGCUGAAAUACCUGCCCUACAACCACCAGCACGAGUACUUCUUCCUGAUUGGGCCGCCGCUGCUCAUCCCCUUGUACUUCCAGUACCAGAUCAUCAUGACCAUGAUCGUCCGCAAGGACUGGGUGGACUUGGCCUGGGCCAUCAGCUACUAUACCCGUUUCUUCAUCACCUACACCCCUUUCUAUGGCGUCCUGGGAGCCAUCCUUUUCCUCAACUUCAUCAGGUUCCUGGAGAGCCACUGGUUCGUGUGGGUCACGCAGAUGAAUCACAUCGUGAUGGAGAUCGACCGUGAGCCCUACCGCGACUGGUUCAGCAGCCAGCUGGCAGCCACCUGCAAUGUGGAGCAGUCCUUCUUCAACGACUGGUUCAGCGGACACCUCAAUUUCCAGAUCGAGCACCACCUCUUCCCCACCAUGCCCCGGCACAACUUCCACAAGAUCGCUCCACUGGUGAAGUCCCUGUGCGCCAAGCAUGGCAUCGACUACCAGGAGAAGCCGCUGUUGCGGGCCCUGCAGGACAUCCUCAAGUCCCUGAAGAAGUCUGGGGACUUGUGGCUGGACGCCUACCUCCACAAGUGAAGCUGCAGCCCUUGGGGUGCCCAUGGGGGAGGGAGGGCAGGUAGGGGUGAUGACCAACGGGCGGGUGGGGUUUUAUUCUGAGGGGUGUUUGUGGGGCUGGGGUACACACCAGCUCACAGGCCUCGGUUUCGGUCUUUCUCUGGUUUUCCCCUCCGUUUCCACUUCACUUUUCCCUCCAGUGCCCUUCCCUCAUGGGGCCUGCCCUCUGCCAGCUCAGCCUUCUCCCCACCUCCUGCCCCCAAGGCCAGUGGUCUGCAGACCCCGCCCACCACCAGGCCUCACACUCCCCCCUUCCUCCCUCAGGCUCUCUCGAGGCCUGUGGGGUAGGGUCCUUACCGGGCAAGGCGCCUCCCUGACCCUCCAGGUCUGGCCCCAGCUCCCAUCUUCCUUGGCUCAGACCUUGGGGUCUAGGGAAAUGCCUUUCUCACCCCUGGGGCACCCUGGCUCAGGUUCAGCGGUUCCAGCCAUGGUCCUACCAACUCCAGAGCCUGUGACCUUGGGUCCGAUGACACUGAGGACUCAGCACAAUACCAGCAGAGGCCAAGGCCAGGUUGGGGGUUUCCUGGCCUGGAGGUGCUGCCUGGACACCCCACCCCUUCAGAUGUCUGUCCCAAUGGGAGACCUAAUCUGGAGCGACAAGACCCUUCUAGCCGUGGCAGCCAGGCCCUGGCGGUGCAGGCCCUUCAGGCUGCAGGAGGGUAUGGGGGCCUGGGGCUUCCAUUGCAGCCUCCCCACCAACACACACGUGUCUGGGGGGCUGGUGAGGACGUGUGCUUUCUUACUUUAACUCUCUUACAUCUUUUACUGGCUUUUUAACCUUUUGCUACAGGAUACAUUCUGAUGAGGCGGGGUUUGGCCACGGGGCUGGGCCUUGUGACAAACUGCCUUUCACCUCAGGCCCCUCAGUAGGCUGAGCUGGGCUCACUCACUGAGGCUGCUGCUGGUGGGGUGGCACUGGGGCAGAGGGAGAGUCUGGGAAGAGGUGGCCCUGAGGAGAGGGGGGGCGUGUGGGAACUGUGGUGAGGAGUUUGGGCUGGAGGCCGGCUGCUGAGGGGACGGAAAAGUGAAGUGGGGGACCCUGAGAUGAAGCAGUUGGAAAUCUAACCCACUAACCGUGAUUAGCUUUGGGGAGGGUGGGGCAGGAGCAGGCUCAGAGUGGGGACCUUUCGGGGGGCUUCUAGACCCCAGCUCUGGCCAGCCAGGAGGUCAAAGCCCUCCCGCCUAGAACACAGGCCUGUCAAGCCAGCCUGCUCCCCAGGGGCAGAAAGGGUUCAUAGGGGACUGAUCUUAAUUUUUAUCACAUUGCUUCCCCAUCCCUCCAUUUUUUGGAAAUAAAAGUAAUUUUAUUCUCACUUAUCUGGUCGACG